AUGGCAGGAGGAGCAGCUAUAGGAGAAAGAACAUUGAAGGAAACACCAACUUGGGCUGUUGCUGUUGUCUGUGCUGUCUUCAUCAUCAUCUCUAUAUUAAUCGAAUAUGGAAUCCAUACACUCGAAAAGUGGUUUCACAAAAAACAUAAGAAGGCCAUGAGUGAAGCCUUGGAGAAAAUCAAAGCAGAAUUAAUGCUAUUGGGAUUCAUAUCCUUGUUACUUACAUUCGGUACAAAAUAUAUCGCAAAGAUAUGCAUUCCUCCCACGUUAGGCGACAGCAUGCUUCCAUGCAAGAAGGAGCAAGUGGAAGAAGAUUCAAAAGAUGAUAGAAGGAGGUUACUUUCUUUCGAUGAUAACGUUGUAUGGCGUCGAGGCUUGGCAGCAGCAUCGGGCGGCGACGAUUAUUGUUCACAAAAAAAUCAAGUGUCUUUGAUUUCUCAAUCCGGAGUGCACCAAUUGCAUAUAUUCAUAUUUGUACUAGCAGUUUUUCACAUCUUUUACAGUGUUAUGACUAUGGUACUAGCUGGAGCAAAAAUGAAGAAAUGGAAGGCUUGGGAAGCAGAAACAUCCUCCGUAGAGUACCAAUUUACGCACGAUCCUGCAAGGUUUAGGUUUGCGCAUCAAACAUCGUUUGUCAAGCGUCAUUCAGGCUGGACUAGAAAGCCGGGAAUACGAUGGAUAGUGGCAUUCUUCAGACAAUUUUUCGCGUCUGUGAGUAAGGUGGAUUACAUGACUAUGCGGCAUGGAUUUAUAAACGCACAUUUUGCUCCUGAUAGUAAAUUUGACUUUCAUAAAUACAUCAAAAGAUCAAUGGAGGACGAUUUUAAAGUUGUCGUCGGUAUAAGUAUUCCGUUAUGGGCUUUCGCGAUCAUCUUUCUGCUAAUGAACGUUUACGAUUGGUAUACACUCACCUGGCUAUCAUUAGCGCCACUAGUGAUACUUUUAUUAGUUGGCACGAAACUUGAACUGAUCAUCUUGGAAAUGGCCCAAGAAAUUCAAGAUAGAACAACAAUUGUAAGAGGCGUGCCCGUGGUAGAGCCUAACAACAAGUUUUUUUGGUUUAAUCGGCCCCAAUGGAUCAUCUUCUUGAUUCAUUUCACUUUAUUCCAGAAUGCUUUUCAAAUAGCCUAUUUCUUGUGGACUUGGUACGAGUUUAAGAUCACAUCUUGCUUCCAUGAAAACUUGCCACUAAUAGUGAUUAGGGUUGUCCUUGGAGUAGCCCUACAAGUCCUAUGUAGUUACAUAACAUUUCCUCUCUAUGCACUCGUCACACAGAUGGGAUCUCACAUGAAGAAAGGAAUAUUUGAGGAACAAACAACAAAAGCACUUAAAAAAUGGCAAAAAUCAGCAAGAGAAAAGAGGAAGUUAAGAAAUGCAGGUUCAAUAGAGAUUCCUUCAAUGAGUGGAGAAACAACACCAAGUCAAGGAACAUCACCUAUGCAUUUGCUUCAUAAGUUCAAACCUAGUAACCAAACAGACACAGAUAGUGUUCUAUAUUCUCCAAGAUCAUAUCAAUCUGAUCAAACUGAUUUUUCAGACACAGAAGGAUCUACACACCAAAUGAAUUUGAAUCUUAAUCAAAUCAUGGCACCACCCCUACAACAUCCAGUGAAUAAUAAUCAGUUAAAUCACAAUAUUGAUUUUUCUUUUGAUAAGCCUUAA